AUGACUGCCGGGAAACGCCGUGAGCGGAGACUGCCCGUGCAGCAGUUGUCGAUUCUGGCAAUCUGCCGUUUCGCCGAACCCAUCGCCUCCACCUCCCUCUACCCCUACCUCCCCGAAAUGGUCGAAUCCUUCCGCAUCCCACAGAACGAAGUCGGAAAAUGGGCCGGAAUCUGCGCCGCCGUCUUCUCCCUCUUCCAAGCGCUCAUGGGAAUCCCCUGGGGCCGUUUCAGCGACAAAUACGGGCGCAAACCCGCCAUCCUCCUGGGCCUCACCUCCACAAUGCUCACAUCGUUGCUCUGGGGGUUCAGCAAAAGUUUGCCCAUGGCGAUCAUCGCGAGAGCGCUGGCGGGGGCGGGGAAUGGGAAUGUGGGGAUUAUCAGAACGACGGUGGCGGAGAUGGUGCCGUACAAAGAGUUGCAGCCGCGAGCGUUUAGUAUUAUGCCGUUGGUGUGGAAUGUCGGGAGUAUUUUUGGGCCGACGAUUGGGGGCGCUUUGGCGAAUCCGUUUAAUGUGAAGCCGGGGGAGAAGAGGGAGGGGGGGAAUUUGUUUGAGGUGUUUCCGUAUUUGCUGCCGAAUUUGGUGAGUGCGGCGUUUUUUGCCUGUGGGAUUACGACGGGGGUGUUGUUUCUGCAUGAGACGCUCGAGGGGGUGCAGGGGAGGAGGGAUUAUGGGUUGGUUGUGGGGAGGAAGGUGAUGAGGUUGGUGCGGAUGGUGGAGGUGAAAUUGCAUGUGAGGAAGAAGGAGGAGGUUUCGUAUACGAAUGGCGAAACAGAUCCGCUCCUCAAGCGACCCAAGUCUGUCCACGACGAUGAAAAUUCUCUGCCCUUGGAGAUCAAACCGAAGCUCGCAGCGCCGAGCUGGAGAGAAGUCCUCAACCGCCAAGCCGUCAUAAAUCUCAUCGUCUACACCCUCCUGGCCAUGCACUCCAUGGCCUUCGAUCAACUCAUCCCAGUCUUCAUGCAACACGACUCCAUCAACGACCCCAAAGGCGACUUCACCCCCUACACCCCGCCCUUCAAAUUCGCCGGCGGCUUCGGCCUCAACCAUUUCCAAAUCGGCCUGAUGUCAACCGCAUACGGAAUCGUCGGGAUGCUAAUCCAAUUCUUCGUCUUCCCACCUCUGGCGCGCCGCUACGGCAUUCUCUUCUGGUUGAAAGUCGUAGCCAUCGGCUUUCCGAUCAUCUACUUCGUCACGCCUUUCACCGCCCUGCUCCCAACGACCACCUCUCAAGUCGCGUGCAUGCUCGCCAUGAUGUUGUUGAAAUGCUUGAUGGGCAUUUUCGCGUUUCCUUGCAGUACGAUUCUUUUGACGAACUCCGCUUCAAGUCUACGCACGCUCGGGACCCUGAACGGUUUUGCAACCUCCGUCUCAGCAAUCGGUAGGGCUGCAGGCCCUGCCAUGACCGGAGCCAUCAUGUCCGCCGGCGUCAAAGCAGGCUAUGUCAUCGCACCUUGGUGGUUUCUCGCAGGCGUUGGCAUCAUCGCCGCAAUCCCCGUGUGGUGGCUGGUGGAAGGCGAAGGUUUCGGUGGAGAUGAUGAUCACGUCAGCGACGAAGAGGACGAAGACGAUGACGAUGACGAUGACGAGAUUGAGCAUGAUGUUCUCCGAGCCGUGGCUGCAGAAGGCGGCGCUCAAGCUGCUGGGAAAGGUGUUGUUCCUGCACCCAGACCUUCGAACCAGGAAGACGAAGAGCAUGAGGAACGUGCGUAUGGUGGGCUUGCGCCGCUGAGUCGGACGAAUACCACUGCUUCUACGGCUAUGAUGAGUGACGAGGAAGAUUUUUCUGCCCCGGCGACCAAGACGAAUACGAGGAGUCGGCGGGCUUCUGGGGUUAAUGAAGUUGCGUCUCCGUCGUUGAGUCGGAGGAAUUCGAGGAGAGUGAUCCGAAGGAUUUCGAUACCUGUUGGUAUGGGUGAGGGCAUCAGUCGAAGGUAUAGCAGUAAUUUGGGACAGAGUUUCGGAAGUGCGGGUGGGCAUUGAUGAUUGUAUCGCAUAGCGAGGCGGUUGGCAUAAUAGCAUGGUCAGUCAGUCAAUCCACAAUCUUUCUG